CCUGGCGAAAACACAUUUCCGAGCGACUCCCUUAACUACCUGUCUCGUCGACGAUCCGGUAGUGCGGUGCAAUGUGAGCUUGAAGGGGGUCUAGAAAUAGUGUUCGAAAAGUAGAUCCCCUAUUUUUCACAACGGCUUGGCGGUGAACGGUUUAGUGCUUGAGGACGUAUUGAAUAAUCGUCCAUUUUUGGCGGGGGCGCCGUGGUUUGUUUGGAUACAUUUUUGGCGAUUUGUUGCUUGAAAUUCAACGCACAUUAGCAUAUGAAGCAAUCUGGAUCUUGGUGAACCGCGACACGCUGGUGGUACCUUGCGUACAAUUCUUUUAUGUACCCGUGCACUAUUGUGCAAUCAAGAGUGAAAGUGCUGUAAACUCAGUCAAUUCAAUCGGUAGUAGAUUUAAUAGUCAUUCCGAUAACUUGGUGCAACCUGAACUGAAACAUGAAAGUUACUGAUAAUUCGCAAUUGUAAUAAUAAAAUUCUACAAAUAAGUGGUUCUAAUGUACAGUGCAAAACUGGGUGCGGUAUGAAUAUUCAGAAGGAAUUAGUUAUACGUUUUUGAAAUUCCUUUACCAAACAUGGUUUUAUUUUCUUAAGUGCAAACAUUUAACUGAAGUCUAGUAAGCAACAUUGAAUUUUGGUCAAAUAGUCGUAAUGAUGAAGAAGAUUCAGAAUAUGUGACAGUGCAGUGAAAUGAAAAUUUUUGUUUUUCGUUUUAGUUUUGUUUUUUUAUGUAACUCCUACGUAAUGGGAUUAUCGAAAUGGAAGCUUGUCAGUUGUUAAUAAAAUAACUACGGUGAAGCAUAAUACGAAAUCUGUGAUAUGUCUAUGACAAUAAUCGUCAAAGUGUGUAUAAAAGUAGAAUUUUGAAUGUGUGCAAAAUAAUUAGUUAGUUUCAAUAAGUAACCUUGGAAGAAAAAAUCAAAGAAAGAUCAAUUACAAAGUAAAACAUUGAAUUAUUCUUGACAAUUGUCUGGAAGCCAAUGCAGAAAAUUUUCUGCCCUCGAUACUAACCCCAUUGGAUGUGACCGCCAUUUUGGAAAUCGCAAGGAUACUUUUCUCAGAAAUCACACACCGAGUUACUCACCACUCUCGCAACUGUUCGUCAUUUGGUUGCUUCUGGGGGAGGCAUCCUCAACUGCACCCAAACCGAUCCUUUGCCAAACCUAAACCAGCUGUAUCGCCAUCAUGCUUCACGUCGAGGAGAAGCGGUUGGGGAGAGACAUCGCACAGUUUUGCCAAUGGCGCCCCAAGCCACAGGACGUUCGGAUUAUUAGUAACUUCGCUCACAAAGCUGCCAGGGAUUUUGUCCUAGUGGGGCUUGCGGUGGCGCUGCUGCUGGUCGCUAAUGUGGAAUCCCGAGCCCCCGAACACUACUACGGACGUGAAAUCGGAUCAUUUGCCACAUUCGGGCACAAUGUGGAGGGUCGGGUGUUUGCCGUCGACGAGUCAACGCUGUACGUCAAAGGAUUCUACUACGACGGCAGCGCCCCGGAUGCAUUCUUCUGGGUAGGCAAUUCGCCCCGACCCAGCCCCGAAGGCUACAUCAUCCCCUAUCCAGAGGAAUACACUGGACGGGAGCCGCCAUCGCUUGGGAAGCAUGAAAAUUCAGAUAUCAUCCUCAAGUUACCAAUGGGAAAACGCAUUCGCGACAUUCGUUGGUUGUCUGUGUGGUGCAGAAGAUUCACGGUUGAUUUCGGCGAAGUAUUCAUCCCACCAGGCCUAGACGUGCCCAAGCCACGUGUGCUGCCCGAAUUUAAGCGUCUCGCCCACGGUCUUCGCUCGAGUAACAUCAGUAUCCUAGACGCGAAAACCUUCUAUAUCCCGAACCUUCACUACGAUGGUGCUGGACCAGAUGCAUACUUCUGGGUGGGCAAUGGUUCCGAACCGAACAUUAUGGGUAUCAAAGUUCCUAAUGAAGUUGGCUCGCUGGAACCACUGCGAGGCUACCAAGGAGAAGAUAUUGAGAUUCAACUGCCCGGUAAUCUGACCGUGUACGACAUCGAUUGGUUGGCGGUGUGGUGCGUUGAAUAUCGCCACAAUUUCGGGCAUGUCUACAUCCCGAAGGAUCUGGACAUCCCACCUGCCCUUGGACAGACUAAGAUUGCGCCGCCUUGGUGGUAUAAGCCGACUACAUCUUCCACCAUACCGACAGUAACGUCGUACGGACAUCCAACGUCAACCACUAAACCGUCUGUCAACUGUAAAGAGCUACUCCUAGGUAGAUUGAACGUGAUGUGGCAAAUCGUUGGAGAGUAUGUUGAAAUUGAAUUGAUCGGAAGGAUCGAUGAAGAUCAGUACAUGGCAUUUGGCAUAUCCGGCCGUAAUGGACAACCACAAAUGGUCGGCUCAGACGUUGUGGUGGCAUUCUACGAUCGAAAGCAGCGAAAAUUCCGUGCAGAGGAUUACUAUCUGUCGGCCUUAUCGCAAUGUGACGGUAAACAUGGAGCAUGUCCAGAUGAACGGAUAGGAGGAAGAAAUGAUGCGGAAUUAAUUUCUGGGGACCGGCGUCAAGGUGUAACAAAAAUUAAGUAUCGUCGCCUUCUUCAUACCAACGAAGCGGCCAGCGAUCAACCUUAUCCAACUGAUCGACAAAUAUCUGUCGUAGCGGCCAUAGGUCCAUUGAACUCACAAACCGAAGUAAAUGCUCACAAUUUCAGAGAUGUUACGGUACAGGACAUCCAGAUAAACUUCUCUUCCACGAAUGACCACACGUGUACCGAUGCCCUGGAUAGUGUAAUUGAUCCUAAAGGACCCAAAAUUUGGACGAAGCGAAUUAUCAGCCGAGAAUCGGUUAUCAAUGCAAAAAUAGGUCCCACUGGAGGAAAGCGCGGCUACACUCCUAUGACUGGUCACCCCUCGUGGGGAAUCGCGUGGUACCUGAACGAUAUGCUCAUUCCAGAGGUAUACGUGGAACGUGGAAAAACUUAUACAUUCAUCGUGGAAGGAGGUGAUGAUGAAACCCAACCAGCUAAAUUCCAUCCGUUCUAUAUCACCGAUUCGCCCGAAGGAGGAUUUGGUCAGAAUACAGGAACACAGCAAGAGAGAGAAACGGUCUUCGCCGGUGUUGGCUAUGACAAGGACCGCAAUCCGUAUCCUACUGCUGUUGGUCGAUACUGUGAGUGGAAACACAAAACCGUAGACAAAUCGGAGCAAAUCGAAACGUUUGAAGAGUUCAUGACAACUUUAAAACUGGAGUGUGAUAAUCCCGAAGCACAACCUGGUUACCUAAACUGGACCGUGCCAUACGAUGCCCCGGAUAUGGUAUAUUAUCAGUGCUAUACCCACCGGAACCUAGGUUGGAAGAUUCAUGUUGUCAACGAAGGUAUGUCGCUUGAGAUCAACGGUUCGCAUGGUGUGCGCUUGGUAAGUUCGUUCAGCAUACCCCUGCUAGGACUAACCGUGUGUAUUAGCUUGCUGGCGACUCGGUGGCGCCCUCUGUUCUGAUAGUAGCUUCCUCAAUUGGUUGCUUUUAAGUUUUUUUUACAUAAAUCGCAUUAGUUCCGAUUGUGAAGCCUGCAACGAUUAUAAAGGUAGGAAGUAACUAAUAUAGCUAAUGAAUCAAAUCUAGUACACUCGGUGACGUUCCAGCGAGGGUCAUAUCCACAUCCGGUGCUCAGUGGUUUGAGAUAGCAACAAAAAGAUAAUGGAAGAAAGCAAUCUUUUUAUUCCUAAAAUUCUUUACAGGAGAAUUGCAGAAGAAAUCUUAUCUGUUUGCAAACUACUGCGUUAGAAAUAAUUUUGGCAAGGAAAAUUUGUUCGGAACCCAUUAGUAUAUACUUCGAAUGCAGAUGAUAUUAGUUAAAAAAUGGGUUGAUACUCUUAUAGCCUAUUCAGAUUAUGCCAUUUAUGAUAAUAGAUAUCCUGAUACAGAGUUACUUGAUGCAAAUUUCCAUACAUCAAUAUUCUUUCUCAUAUUUAACUGAAUAAUUAUAUAUAAUAAAUGGCCUAAUCUGAAUAGGCUAUUAGGUAAACAAUUAGACUCUCAAUCUAACCUAAUCUUGGAUGAAAACAUACUAAUGAUUAACAAAUCAGACGCAAGAAAUGAUAAAUACUUCUUCUUCUUCUUCUUUGUUAGCAUAAAACAAAUUUCCACCUCGCAGUACGUAAGACACUUUUACAGUUAUUAUAAGUGAAUUGCAAAAUUUAUAGACCAAGCUACCUUCAUUGCAUUUAAUAUCAUGAGUAGACUGGCCCAGAUUACUAUGGGGAGAAAAAAAUGUUGUCGAAUUCCACGGGGCACCCCCCCGAAUUGUGUCUUUGGGUGAGAAAAUCAAUCUCUGAAAAUUUCAGCUCAAUCGCUUGUUGCAUAAGCUGGCGCAUUUGAUUUGAAGUUUGUAUGGGGAUUUCAGCCAAAAUGUAUAGGAAAAUACACCUCCGUCACUCAUUUGAUCUGG